CACACUGCUGCAAAAAGGUAAACACAACGCAAUAAACGGAAUUUUCUAUUUACGCACUUUAACGAAACAAGCAAUUAAAUCGAAAUAAAUUGUCGGCAAAUCGGGUGUGCUUUAAUAAUUAAGCAAAUGUUGAUUUCAUAUAGGAUUCAUAUAUUCUUCUGUUUAAAUUGAGAAACUGCGUGUCAAGUGUAACUUACUUGUGGGCGGGGGUGGCGGUGCAAAGCAUUAACCAACAAAAAAAAAAAGAAGUGAGAGGUGGAGAGGAGAGAAGAGCAGGUCAUAAGCAAGCGAAACGCAUGUCAAGCGCGACAAAAAUCACCUGCCCAAAAGCCGAUUUCUGAUGACGUGGGCUGCAAAACGAAGGACAGCUAGCAGUCAAACGACGACGACAGGAUAUACACAUAUUUUUCCAGUGCACACACACUCGCACACACAUGAGUAUGCAACGCAACAAACCAGUUGUUGUUGCAUAUAAGUGCAAGUGAAGGAAGCCAGGCAGCAUAAAGUAAGCGAAAAUCCUGCUUCCAGAAUAACUGCACAGCAGAAGAGCAAGAGGAGACGAACAGAAGCAUGGAAUAAAGGUGCAUAUCUGGAGAGGAGCUAAAGUUAAGAAUAAGUGCAUACCAGCAGAAGGUAAGGAAUAACUGCACACAAGAAGAGAACAGAGAGAGAAAGAGAGAGUGAGAGAGACAAGGAGUGCACACCUGAAGAAGAGCGAAGAGAGGCCAGGAAUAAAGUGCACAACCGCACACACACGUACACAAAAGGAGCAAACACAGGCAAACACAAACAAAAAAGCACAAAAAAAAGCAAGAGAAAAAGUACAAGAAAAAGGGCCCACGGACACGACGACACAAGGUGGAAAAGUAAAAAAGUUGUUUGUCAACUUGUUGGUCGCUCAAAUGUGGCAGCCACAAAGAGUGGCUGCUGGCUGGCUGUACAGCUACCAAGUGGAAUCCCAAUCCGAUACCGAAACCGUCGCCGCUUCCCGAUCCUCGAGUCAUUUCAAACGCAGCAGCGCCUGCGGCUAGAUCGAAACAGAGCCAGUUGGAAUAUCUCGUGUGGAAUACUCGCAUUUACCUCCCCCUCGGCAACACCAACGCGCAGCAACAGCUCCCGCCCACCCCCCUCGGCAGCACUAUGUCAACGGUCACGCGGAGCGCCAGCGCCAGCCCCAUGGCGCUCAAUGGCAUCAUCGACGCCAGCCUCUUUCCGCUCAAGUCCACCGCGGAUGUUGUGAAUCUAUUCCGUCGCGCCCUCACCUCCGGCAUUGAGCCCGAUCUGACCCUGCUCUCCAUUGUGGUGGGUUACAUCGAGCUCUCGCUGACCACGGGAGAAGCGGCGUCUCAGGCGGCCGCUGCAGCCGCUGCCAUGACGCAGGCGGCGACAGGCGGCAGCGAUGUGAUCAUGGGCAACAGCGUUCCCUUUCCGGUGGUUACCCACGAGCUGAUUGCUGGUCUGUACAAGAAGUUCCAGACAAUCCUGUCGGUGGUGGAGAAGCCAAAGCCACAUCGCCAGGCCACGCGCGAAAUCAUCAAGAAGGUGUCGGACGUUAUAUGGAACUCGCUGAUUCGCAGCAGCUACAAGGAUCGCGCCCACUUGCAGAACCUCUACAGCUAUCUGUCGGGCAACAAGCUGGACUGUUUCGGUGUGGCUCUGGCCGUGGUGGCCGGCUGUCAACUUUUGGGCUACAAGGAUGUGCGUUUGGCCAUCUCCGAGGAUCAUGCUUGGGUGGUGUUUGGCCAGAAACGAGUGGAGACCAUUGAGGUGACGUGGCACGGCAAGGGAAGCGAGGACAAGCGUGGACAGGAUAUACGCCCUGGAAUCGAGUCGGGCUCUUGGCUCUAUCUUGGCGGCCUGGCGGUUGUCUGCGAGCGUGGCAUGGAGGUGGCCGCCAUCUGUGCUGCCCUCAACAUCUCACUGACGGCCAACAGCGAUUGCGUGGAAGUGGCCGAACUGCAGCAGCAGUUGCUGUGGCUCCUCUACGAUUUGGGGCACCUCAAGCGCUAUCCCAUGGCCCUGGGCACGCUCGGCGAACUGGAGGAGAUCCAUCGGACGCAUAGCAUCAUCACGUGCGAGCAGCUCUACCGCGAGGCCAUCGAUUCGGCGCGAACGCACUACCGCAACCAUCAUGUCUAUCCGUACACGUAUCAGGGCAACUACUACAAUCGUCUACUCAAGUAUCGCGACGCCUUUGCCGCCUGGGCCAAUGCCGCCGAUGUGAUCCGCUUGUACACGUAUCAGUGCCGCGAUGACGAGGAGAUCUACAAGGAGCUGCUGGACAUUGCCAACGAGCUGAUUCCCUAUGUAAUGAAAACGGAGAGCUCGGGCCAUUCGGCACGCAGCAUUCUGCGGGAUGCGGAGGUCUUUGCCAACCUGCUGCGCUUCUACGAUGGCAUCUGCCAGUGGGAGGAGGACAGCCUGACGCCCAUUCUGCACAUUGGCUGGGCCAAGCCGCUGGUCAAUAAUAUAACCAAAUUUGAUUACGAUAUACGCUCACAGGUGGUCAUCAAGCUGCCCGAGGAUCUGGAGGCUGAGCAGGCACAAGCGGCCGCAUUGGAGGCUAAAGAAGCGGCGGCAGCAGCAGCUGCAGCUGCUGCAGCAGAGGCUCUAGAGGGUAACAACAACACGGUGGUAAAGAAGGACGAGAAGACAAAAUCUUCGGAGCUGCCGACAACAUUGGCUGAUCUGACCGCAGCUUGUGGCGAGAAGAUAUUAAAUCCAGAUUUUCUGCUUCAGGGCGGUGGUCAGCCUUUUGCAGAGCAAAAGCAGCAAACAGUGGCGGGGACGGACGGCGCAGAGCCCCACAAUAACAACAACAAUAGCAAUAGCAAUAACAACAAUCAUCACAAUGCUGAAAAGGAGGCUACAAAAACAACAACAACAACAACCACAGCAUCAGUAACCACUAGCAAUGGAGGAAGUGGCAGCAGCGGCAGCAACUCCAUUGCCAUUCAGUUGCCAGUUACUAGUGAGGCAAGCCAUCAAGCUGGCCAAACGCAAACCCAAACCCAAACCCCCCAAACCCAUAUCCAAAACCAAUCACAGCACAAAGAAGCUAAACCAGAGCCAGAGGCGACUGCACCCGAUGACUACGAUCCCUUUGAGAUAAUGCUCAAGCGUCCGGUGAUUGCGUUGUACAGUCAAAAGAUGAAGGGCCUCAAGGAUCUGCUGCUGGCCGAGAAGCUCAAUACGCACGCCAUAUCGCUGCAGGUCACAGCACAGUCGGUGGCCUCGCGGAAGGUACGCGGCGUGGCCGAGAAGCAGUCGGCAGCGACCAUCUCCGCCACCAUUACGGCCAUUGCAUCAUCAUCAACGUCGUCGGGCACAGAGGGCGGUGGGGGUGGCGCUGCGGCAGGAGCAUCCCUGGGCGCCUCAUCGCCAGGCGGUGACUCGAUAGCCGCCUCGCGGCCCAAGCGAACACGUCGCGAGUAAAAUUUGUUGUCUUGAAAAAAAGAAAAAAAAAUCCUUUAUUAUCCAUAUUCGAGUAUAUUAUAUAUAUAGAUGCAUACAUAAUGUAUAUAGGAUGUAUGCUGUCUCAUAUUUUUGAUGUUCGAUGUGUAUUUAUGUAGUUUGUAAGCGCAAAAGAAAUCCGUUAGAGAACGCCUAGCGUUUUAAAAACAAUAUAACAAGAAAUACAAACAAUUGUAAGAGGAAUAACCCAGACAGCAGAUCCACAGACACACACACAGCAAGCACUUUGAAACGAUGAUGAUAUAAGCUAUGCUAAGUAUUUAUAAUGUAUUUUUUUAGCUGUUAUACUUUAACUCUUUGUAUUUAUUGCUUCUAUCCACUGUCGUAUCGUAUACCCCCCUCCACACACUUACCGCAGUUUAUUUAUGUUUUAUUGAUUGUUUAAGCGUAACUUUAUUGGUGCUCUACUUUGAACGAAACAAUAUAAAUAUUUGUUGUAUUUACUGGAAUGCAUUUUAUUGAGGCUAAGCUGCUUGUUUAUUUUUUUUUUCACUCUACAAAUGUACUACCCCGCGCUACACCCCAUGUAAUAUUUAAGACGCAACAAACAGACAUAAGAAAAUAUGUUUUUUUUUUUUGUUAAACUCAAACCGAAACGUAAUGAAGCAGAAAACAUAAGAAAUAAUACAUAUUUAACACUCUUCCUCUCUAUAUGUGAUACAAACAAACACUUUUUCUAGAAAAAGCUUUCAUAUUAUAUCUUUAUAAACCUUAAACUACAAUACAUAGAAUAUAACCUCCUAAAAACCACCCACUUGAAACACAAACAGACAGACAGGCGCACUUGUUUUAGGGAUAUCAAAAUCCCCUCUAUAUAUAUGUAUAUGUAUAUCCCUGUACUUCUUCCCCCAUAAUUACACCCAAUUAGCAAACGCAAUUAUGAAGCAUGUCAAAAGUGUUACUCACAAAUUGGAGCUUGUAACAAAUUGUUAAAUGAUGAUAAUAAUUGCAUUCAAUUCGAUUUUUGAUUUGAUUUGUGCGUAGAGCAUCUGUGAUGAAUAAUAAAUGUUUACGAGAGAGAGAGAGAAAGAGAAAAGUGGAAGAUGGCCAGCCCGAAACACACACAAACAAAAACUGAUAAACUGAACAACAAUAUAAACUAAUCAUUGUAAUGGUGUUUUAUUCCUCAUAUACGAGCAUAUUGUACAACAAGCAAAAACAUUACACAAAAUCAAAAACAAAACA